AUGUCACCAAUUUCCAUAUCAACAACGGUAAUUAUUGAUGGUGACAGUAAUGUAGCACAAAUUGAUUCAUUAAUACCAAUUGGAUCAGAAACGGAUGGAUCAAUUUUCGUUUCUAAAAUAAAUGAAAUAAUCGAGGAAAGUAAUUUAUCUAAUCAAUUACUACUUUCAACUACAACAACAAGCCUUUCGUCAACAUUUAAAAUUGAUGAGGAAGAAGAAAUCAUCGAAGACGAAAAUUUGGAUUAUUCACAAAGUUUUACAAAAUCAACCAAAGAAAUGGAACAGACAACAAUAAAUGUCGCAGAUUUUAUCACAGAAUCAGGAAAUACAAUCGAUGACAAUGAAGUAAAAUUUGUACGAUUAACUAUUGGCCUUCCAACUACGACACUAAUUCCGGAUUUGAAUAAUCAUCCAUCAGAUGAGGCUUUUAGUGAUAAUAAUGAUACGAUAAGAAGUGAUACUUCAUCAUGGACAAUUGCUUUAGCU